GAGGCUCAUUUUUAUAAAAAAAAAAAGUCAAUUUCUCUUCAUCCUCCGUCUCGUUUCUCUUCCGUCUUCUCGUAGCCGGACCGCCGGAGGGAGGCAGCGAACACCGGAUGGCUUCGGAGGGCUCGACCCCGCGAAGUCGACCAUCGGACGGCUGGAAGGAGCGCAUCAUCAUCCCCACUAUACUCGCAGGGGUCGUUGGUGGAGGAGCUGGAUUGAUUUCAAAGCACCGGAAGGCUCUUGGCGUACCUAAUGUGGUUGCCUCAUAUGCUGCCAAUUUGGCCAUUGUCACUGGAUGCUAUUGUGGGGCCCGGGAAGUUGCAAGAGAUGCUCGAGCUUCAGAACCUGAUGACCUCAUUAAUUCUGUGGUAGGAGGAAUGGCAAGUGGAGCACUUCUUGGGCGACUUCAAGGUGGACAGUUUGGAGCAGUUCGAUAUGCACUCCUUUUUGCAGCAGCAGGAACAGCAUUAGACUUCACCACUUUGCAGAUAAGACCUUAUUUCCAUCGUUUUAAGGAUGCAGCCUUUGGAGAGAAUUCAAAGUCAAGCUGGUGGAGUUUGCCGGAGUGGUCACCUAUCCAGGUGCUUGAUGAGGAAGCUCUUGCUGCUAAACGUGCUCGGGAACAACAGCUUUAUGCUCAGAGAACAUUUGGUAAACUGAACAAAGAGGAAUCAUGAGAAACUUUUUAACAAUUCUUAGAACCUUUUUACUGGAAACUCAAACUGCCAAAGUUGUGAUAAGUGCAGAGUGCAGGGCUGGAAUUCCAAGUCCUUUUUUUCCUUUCUUCAGUUAUAGGAUUCCAAGUUUACAUAUAUCAUGAAAGUUGAAAGAUGUAUUAAUUGUAUUCUUGUUAAUGGCCAAAAGAAAACAUCAAACAUAAUGUCCCCAGAUUGUAAAACUGCUACACUUCUAAUUACAUUAGGUUAUAGCACUUCCUUUA